AUGGAAGUUAUCCAAAUUCAAAUUUGCCAAGUUUGUGGUGCUCAAGGAGCUCAUGGGAACCAUUUUGGAGCGAUUAGUUGCAGAGCGUGUGCUGCAUUUUUUCGAUAUUUCUGCAAACCUUGCCGUUUGAAACGUUGUUUUAAUGUUGGAAUGGAAACUUCUAAUUUCCAAUACAACCGGGACUCUCUAUUUUCCCGAAAUGUCCCAACUUCCCUUCCAAAAUUUGUUGGACGUCCCGAAGUGGUAUUAUUCUGGGACGCCGAAAAACCAAACCAAAAAUCUUAUAUAGAUGUGAAAUUUCUGGUGCAAAAAGCUUCUGAAAUUUUUGGGCAGGAUUUUAAGAAUGUAUAUGUCAGAGACAGUUCCCUGAAGAGGUUAUCCAUGGGAUUGAAGGAAUCGGAGAAGAAGAAUUUGGAUGGGCUUGAGUCAUUGAGCACGAUCAAUCAAUCUGUUGUAUCUGACACUUGGCAGUAUUAUUUUCUAACAGUUGCCACAUGGUUGAUGCAUUUUGAAGAGUUUCAGAAGUUAGAAGAUACGGUGAAGCUAAAAAUCCUCGAAACCAUCUGGCACAUAUGGGCAACGCUAGACCGUCACUGUGCCACAGCAUCCUAUAGAAGAAGUCAUCCAUAUGCACCAAAAACUCAAAUAAUCUCCAGACGAGGUGUUUUACUGGAUCUCACAAAGGUACAAUUCGAUUCCACCUGGCUUAGUGAUUAUCCGUCGAGCGAGAUUGCAUACUUUCUCCGACAAAACUCAUCGGACCAUUUUGACAUAAUUGGUGCUCUAUUGGAACUUGAACCAUCAGACAUGGAAAUAACAUUUAUGUUGGCCCAAUUAUCGUUCGAAUACGCUGGAAAACGAUGUCAAGGAGAAAUUCUGAAAUUGACAGAACAAUUUCAAAAAUCAUUGGCUAACGAUCUCCACAAUUAUUAUGUGAAGGAGAUGAACAUGCCAAAGUAUUCGAACCGAUUGUCUAAAAUGAUGAAAAUCAAUAAUUCGAUACAGAAGAAUCUGUGGGAGCAUCGGCCGAGAAUGGAGGUGGCGAAGAUUUUUAAUAUCAUUAAAAUUGAAUUUUCACAUCCAGAAAUGUUUAGAGAUUCUGGUUUUAAUUGA